AUGUGGAACAAACUUUUUUGUCAAAACGUUGCUAUUCUGAAAUGUUUGUGGAAGGGUGAGGAGAAGAGGAAGAAAGAUAACAAGGAAAUGAGGCAGCUAGCUAGACAGGUUGGCAAGCUCAGGCAUGAGUUACAAUGGCAUACGCAAUAUGUUGUGGAGGAGGGUGCAGCCACUUAUGAGCCACCUCCUGAGGAAGAGUUGGUCGAUAGUAGUGUAGAGGAGGAAAAAGAAGAGGAUGAGACUGAAGAGGAUAGUAAAAAAGAUGAUGAGGAGGGUGAUGGUGAUGACGGUGAUGAGGAUGAGGACUAG